AUGAGGGAAGAAAGAACGGAAUACUUUGCCAUUCUAACAGAAAAGCAACCCUAUGAGGCUACUGAGGCGAUUCGGAUUAGAUUAUCCCAGGCAAAGUUGGUCAAUAAAGACUUCUAUUCGCUAUUUAGAGAUGUCGCUGAAUUGAAGAAGCACUAUGCCCAACAAUUGAGGAAGAUCAUUGCUGAGAACGGAGACUUGGACGCCAUUUUGAAGAGGCAAAUGUUGGAUAAUCAGGUUCUGACCUCUGAGGAAAUGUCUAACUUCAAAUUCAAUUCUCUAGGUGAAUUGAAUGACCUGUGGUCUACUAUUGUUGGCGAGCUGAAAACGGAUUUGGAAUCCUCUACCCAGUUUCAAAAAUUACUAGAGCAUCAGAUAGUGAAAACUUUAAAAGAGACUACGGAAACUGACCGCAACUGGGCAGAAAGUAAGAGGUUACAUUCCAAGCUAAGUCGUAUCGCUGCUGAUAUAGACAUGUACUCAAAAGAUCAAGGCCAACAGGACAGACUUGAACAAGCAAACAGCCAAUGGGCAUCAGAGGUACCAUACCUUGUAGAAGUUUUCGAGACCUUGGAUUACAAUCGGUUACAAACUUUGAAGGAUUGCCUAUUAGCAUUCCAAACAGGAUUUGGCGAUUACUUGUUAAACAACACGAAGAGCUCAGAAAAUGUAAUGGCUAAGUUUUUGGAAUUCGAUCCUAAGGAUGAAAUUUCAAGGUUUGCCCGUGAUGCCAGCACUUCAAAUUUCCUUUUGAGUGACAAUUACGGUACCAAUCAGCGUGCUGAAACACAUAAUGACUACUCAAACCAAACGAAAACUGCUCGCCAUAAUGCUUCGCCUUCUCAUGAUAAAAGGAAAAGUACGUUUGCGCAAAUCGGUAGUCGUUUUACAUCUGCCUCCACUGUUCUACAUCACGAUCUGAUGAACAAUGAGUUUUCGGACUCUGGAAAUAACAUGUCACUGAAGGAUAAAAAGUCUUCUCAUGGGCUAAAAUCGAGAGUGGGGUCCAUUUUCGGUAAGAAACUUUUGAAUAAAAACAAAAGACCUCAGAGUGUUACCAAUGAUUCAAUUUCUGAAUUGCCGUCCUCUAACUCAGCACGUCACUCGCAAGGAAACACGUCGAGCCAAUAUAAUCUUGGAGGUGAUCAUGCAAGACCACGCUCAUCGAGUAGACCAUACUCCAUGCAAAGAAACAACUCGUCAUCUACUGCUGGGACACCAUUUGCUGAGGUAGAUGAACCAUCUCAACCAGUUAAAGACGAGCCAAAGUUCGCAGUGCGUUCUUCUAUUCCUGCUUCCCCAGUACGGAACUCUCCUUCCAACCGCUUCUCAUUGAAUCAGCCUCCGUUGCAACCACAACAAAGACCGGCGCCUCUAGCGAAUGAACCUCAGUUAAACCAGGGAUUAUCGCCCGUUGCUCCUCUUCCUGAAAACCCCCAGUUCGGACAUGCUGUUGAGGGAAAUAAGCCCCUACACAUUCAGGCACCUGCUAUCCCGCCAUCCAGGAAACACACUGUCUCCAACCGUCUUCCACCUGGACAGUUAUCUACGACUAGUUCUGUACCCCAAUUACAACAUGCACCAUCUGCUCUGUCGAGUCAGGUUACCGGAGAACUGAGAGAACUAAACCCUCAAGCAACUGGCUCAUCUCAAUCCUUAAAUGGCCAAUCUUUGUUCCAACAUUCGGUUUCCAACGGUACAUCAAUUGGGUUAAAUGCGAGUGUUGCGGAGGUUAUCAAUGCGACGUUCAAGGAGGGUGUUCUACGGGACUCUCAGUUAAUUGGUGAAAUUGCUUUGAGUUAUGUGCCAAACACCACCAUGAACAAUCCCGUACCAGUGGGAAUCAAUAUGAAAAUUAAUAACGGUGUCAAGUUCGAUAAGAUUAUGCUGAAUCAUGCAUUUGUUGAACAAGUGGAAAAGGAGAGUUUCAAAGUGAACCCACAGUUCAUUGAUAACAGAACCCUUGGUGCAGUCAAAUAUUCAGUCAACGAACCUCUAGCGCCAGUUGUUGUUCAUCCUGUCUGGAAGUUCGAACCACACCAGUCGAGUGUAGUCCUCACUGUAAAGAUGGCCCCAUUUGUUCCUGAAAGGGUGAAGCAGUUAGUAUUGGAAGACUUUGUCGUUUUUGCCUCCAUCGAGGGUGCCAAUGUGGACAGUGCUUUGUCGAAACCUCAAGGUUCAUUCAACAAAGAGAGAAAGAGAAUAACUUGGAAAUUUACACAGCCCCUUGUUUUGACAAGAGAAUCAGGCGGCGAGAGGUUGAUUGCAAGAUUUAUAACAGACGGUUUAGCCAAAGAAUCUGCUAAGGGUGUUGUAAUAAAAUAUAGCAUUCGCGAGCAUGAGGGUGAAAAUAUUAGUGUAGGGAGCGGUAUUUCUUUGGAAGCACAAGAGUUGGACGUGGAGAAUCCAUUUGGUGGUGACUGGAAAAAGGUUCAUACAAACACAACGCUUGCUGCCGGGAAUUAUAUUGGUUUAGCAUGA